AUGUCGACGUUGUUCAAUCGUCAACCGACCAACCAGUUUUUUUCCGGAACUGGCACCUCACAAUUCCCAACUCAACAACAACAAUCCAGCCAAAACCAACAGCAGCAAGCGCUUCAACAACAACAACAACAACUUCUGCAACAGCAACUUCUGCAACCGCAGCUCCAGCAACAGCAACUCCAGCAACUCCAGCAGCAACAACAACCGGCAAAAUCUCAGCCAUACCUUUUUCAAGACCCGCAAAAACAACAGCAGCAGCAACAACCGAGUUGGCUACAAUCUCAACAUAACCAGAAGAAACGGGUGAUACCUAACCAUCUAGUGCCGCAGAAGAAGAACAAUUUCCAGCUAAAUGCGCUGAAUUCCAAAUCAAAACGCUCGAAUUCAAACUUGACGGUAUCCGAUGACCAGUUCAACAUCGUGUCGUUUGGCAAGAACAAAACGAAAGCGGGCUCCCUCGUGUUGGAUAGAAACAACUCGAGUUUAACUGCCUUGUUUGACUCCUUUGGUGGAGACCUCAGCCGAUUUGAUGAGACCAUGAACGAUAGCUUUCAACAAGGAGAUGACUCUGCGUUGGUUACGGAUAAGCUGGCUGGUGGUGGUGCUAGUGCUGUAGGAGCAGGAGCAGGAGCCGGAUCAGGAGAUGUACCGCCAAUGACGUCCAUUUAUGACUUGAAUGAAGAUUCAAUCAAGUCAAGUGAGCCUUCGCGAGAACAAUCAAACUUGAUGAAUAAAAACCCCAAGGAGUUCAACAACUUAUUCACGCGGUUUGACGCAGUUGCCAACGAAAAGAAAUCGGAAAAAAAUGCCGUGAAUGAAGACAAGAAAAUGUCCAAACCUGACGAAUGCGAGACUUCGAUUAUCGUAUUUGGAUAUCCUGAAAACUGCGUAAGCCAAAUCAUCCAGUUUUUUAGGCAAUUUGGCACCGUGCUUGAGAAGUUCACCGAUUAUUCAAUCUUUGGCGAACAAAAAGAUGUCGCCAACUUGUUGGUCAAUUUCGAGAAACAGCGGCUGAAUGCGCCAAUCUCCACCGGGCCCGGCUGGAUUAAAUUCACCUACGAUAACCCAAACUCGGCUCUCAACGCCCUCCAGGAGAACGGAUCCAUCUUCAAUGGAAACUUGCUUGGAGUUGUGCCCUACCACAAGAGCGUGAUAGAAAAGCUAGAAAAGAAGCGGGUUUUCGAAAAGGAGGAUAUUGGAAGUGGCAAUCUUUCCACGCCCUUGAAGACUGCAUUCAAGGAAGAAGUUAAAAGGGACGGCAAGCUUGCCAAUGGCAUCAUGACGCCGCCCCUGUCUUCAUCUUCACAAAUCACCUCCACUUUGACGUCAACUUCGACGUCCGCGACUGCGGCUGCAGGUGGAGCGAAUCGAACUUCGUACGUGGACUUGAAGGAUGGCUCCAAGUUCUUUAUUGACCCCAACGAGAAAAAGAGGAAAACAGAGGAAAAGAACGGGGAACCGCAGCAGAAGUUGGGAAUCUGGGGAUCGUUGACCAAGUACAUGUUUGGAUUCCAUGAUCUAUAG